UCUCUGGCUCCGAAGAGAUACACCUCCAAACAAGUAAAGAGAAUGACAAAAUGCUUCAGAGACAAACUAGGCCAAGGAGGAUUCGGAAUUGUCUACAAGGGAGAGCUACCGGAUGGUCAGCUAGUUGCGGUGAAGGUCUUAAAAGAAACUCACGAUAACGCAGACGAAUUCAUCAACGAAGUUGCAAGCAUCAGCAGAACCUCCCAUGUCAACAUAGUCAAUCUCUUGGGAUUUUGCUUCGAGAAAAAGAAAAGGGCUCUCGUGUAUGAAUACAUGCCCAACAAGUCGUUAGACAAGUUCAUCCACAAGUCCUGCUCCCUCGAGUGGAAGAAACUGUACGAGGUUGCAAUCGGGGUUGCCAGGGGUCUUGAGUAUCUGCACAGAGGCUGCAACACGAGGAUCGUGCAUUUUGACAUCAAGCCUCAGAAUAUCCUUCUGGACAAGGACUUCUGUCCCAAGAUAUCGGAUUUUGGGCUUUCGAAGCUGUGCAUGAAGAAGCAGAGUGCGAUAUCCAUGCUUGGGACGAGGGGGACCGUAGGGUACAUUGCUCCCGAGGUAUUCUCGAGAAACUUUGGCGUGGUUUCUCACAAGUCCGAUGUGUAUAGCUACGGGAUCAUGCUUCUUCACAUGGUGGAGUCGAAAUACGUGGAGAUGGGGUCGCCUGGUUCGAGUGAAAACUGUAACUUGGAUAGAGUUUAUGAGCACGUGCUAGUGCAGAGCGAACGAGCGGAUCAUGAUCGGAUGAGUGAAGAGGAAGACGAGACCGCGAGGAGAAUGGUGAUGUUGGGAUUUUGGUGCAUUCAGACAUUUCCAAUAGAGAGGCCAACAAUGAGUAAGGUGGUGGAGAUGUUAGAAGGGAAACUGGAGUCUAUAGAGAUUCCACCAAGGCCAUUUUUGCUCUCUUCCCCACUACCACAAAUUUCAUCUUUCAUUUCUUGUAAUUCUACAUGUACAAAAUUGGACUUGGAUUCACAUCCUACAUCUUGUUCUUCUCAAUUGCAAGGUUGGUGUCAAUAA